CCGGGCUAAAGCCAAGAGCAACAGAUGGGGGAUACCUGAGACAGGCAGGUAUCACCUUCUCGGAUGGAGGAACAUCUCUGUAUACAUUGCAUUUGUUGAUGCCUCCUUAGUGUAGCCCUGCUGAAUGAUAGGAAGGCCAAGCUGCUUCUGCCCUCCAUGGAAGGCCAAAGGAGAAAAAGAUAGGGAAUGAUUCAGGACAGGACAGGACAGUGGACAUCUGUCUUUGGGAGCAGGUGGAAGGCCAAGAUUGCCAUGCUUGCAGAGAGCCCUGAGUUGGGAGAAGGGCCUGGCCUUGUUCCAGUUCAGCGUACAGAAGAAUUCUUUGGAGGAGCCAUGCAGAAGGAACCGGGGGACGAGGAGUGGGAUUCAGGCGCACAACAAGGUUUCAGACAAUUCUCCUAUAAUGAGGCUGCAGGACCCCGAGAGGUGUGCAGCCGCCUCCACUCUCUCUGCCGCCUGUGGCUGAAGCCCGAGCGACACUCCAAGGCGGAGAUGCUGGACCUGGUGAUCCUGGAGAAGUUCUUGGCCGUCCUUCCUGCGGAGAUGGAGCGCUGGGUGAGGGAAUGUGGGGCAGAGACCAGUUCCCAGGCCGUGGCCUUGGCGGAAGGAUUCCUCCUGAGUCGGGCCCAAGAGGAGAGAAAGCAGGAGAAACCCCAGAACAUGUUUGAGAAAGAGACAGUCGAGGUAAAGAACGAAUGGGCUGUGCAAGAUGGUAACAGAGCAUCCAUCUCAGUGGAAGCUGGCCACUUGGGGUGCCUCUGGUGUCACUGUGAGAGGAUCCACCAUUAUGCAUGUGGCAGGGCUCACACUGCAUUGCAACAACAGCCAUAGGAUCUCCGUCUUUGCUGGAUUCACCCUCAACCUGCUGGCACGCAGCCAUCCAGUCACGGCCUCGGGGCACUGAUGGAAACAAUCGGGUACAGAGUCCGGUCGGCCUUCCAUCUUCAGCACCAGCUGAGUGUCAUCAGCGUACUGGUAACACUCAAGCCCAAAACCUCGAACCAGCUGAGCAAGUGGUCGCAUAUAGAUGUUAAACAACAGAGGGGAGAGAAUGCCCCCCUGAGGAACCCCACAAGAUAGAGGGGACCUCUCAGAGACCAAGCCUCCCCUCUCCACUCGCUGUCCACGGUUGUGAAGAAAGAAGGACAGCCAAUUUAAAGAUGUCCCCCUGACUCCAUCAACAGCAAGGCGAUGGGUCAAAAGAUUGUGGUCGACUGUGCCAAAUGCUACUGUGAGAUCAAAUAACACAAGCAGCGCCGAUCCGCCCUGGUCAAGCUGGCAUCGAAGGCGAUCCGUGAUGGAGACCAGCACAGUCUCUGUCCCAUGUCCUGCACGGAAGCCGGACUGGAAGGGAUCUAGUCCGGCUGUGUCGUCUAAGAAUUGCUGCAACUGCUCUGCUGCUGCCCUCUCAAUCACCUACAAUCAAAGAGCAUUCUGAACGCUACCAAUGAUAGAAUUGGGCCAAACUUCCCACACAGAACUCCCAUGACCACAGAAAAUACUGUGUAUUUGGCGACCCUUCUGACACCCCUUCACAACUCCCCCAGGGGCCCCAACUCUCAGGUUGAGAAACACUUUAGACUUCAGCAAAU